GUCUUUCAUAGCAAUUUGUUUUCUUAACAAUUUGUGUAUCACAAAAACAAUCAACCAGUGAUCAAACCAGCCGAUCAAACUAACCAAAACAUCAAACCAUCCGGUCGGUCCCAAACCCAAAAUUCGCCAUUGUUUACCAACUCUUCAAGCUUCAUCAGUAUCUUACAACCGAGUCUUUGGCCAUAAAUUUUGAUGUUAACAAUUCAUUCAAUCAUUCGCAACUGAAAUCAAUCGUCCUAUCUUGCCGCUGACACCGAAAUCUGAAUCCCUCUUUCUGUUUACAGGUUCUUGCAAUUGGUGAACUUUGAAUUAUAUUGAUCACUUGUGAAUUUGAUUGGAGUUGACAUAAAAUUAAGCUGUCUUGAAUACCUGAUAAUGUUGGAGCGCCAAAAUGAAGGUGAAAACAUUUCAGAGGCUAGUAGUAUUGCUGCUGCUGGAAGUGGUGUUGUUGAAGAGACGGACCCUGAUUUACUGAAGAACACUCCUUCUAACAUUCGAAGAUUGGCUGAUGAGAUUCAGCAGUUUGAAGGCCGCCAAAAGUACCUUGCGCAAACUAGGAGCUCAUCUGAUGGUGGGGAUGUUCGGUGGUAUUUCUGCAAGGUUCCUUUGGGAUUUAAUCAGUUGGCUGCCUCUAUUCCACAUGCGGAGGUUGUUGGGAAAGGAGAAUAUUUUCGCUUUGGUAUGAGGGAUUCACUUGCAAUAGAGGCCUCUUUUUUGCAGAGGGAGGAAGAAUUGUUGUCCUACUGGUGGAGGGAAUAUGCUGAAUGCAGUGAAGGUCCAAAAGGAAGAACUAGUUUGAGUACAGAGGCAGAUGUACCUCAGAAUCCUCAAACAUCUGAACUGUAUGUCGUUGAAGAGGAAAGAGUUGGUGUCCCUGUCAAGGGUGGUCUGUACGAGGUGGACUUGGUGAAGCGGCACAGCUUUCCAGUAUACUGGAAUGGGGAGAAUCGGCGUGUUUUGAGAGGUCAUUGGUUUGCACAAAGUGGAGGCCUUGAUUGGCUUCCUCUCCGGGAAGAUGUUGCUGAACAAUUGGAGUUUGCAUAUCGUAGACAGGUUUGGCAUCGGAGGACAUUUCAACCAUCUGGACUUUUUGCAGCUCGUGUUGAUUUACAUGGCUAUACUCCAGGGUUGCAUGCACUUUUUACUGGGGAGGAUGACACUUGGGAAGCGUGGCUGAAUGUUGAUGCUUCUGGCUUUUCCACUAUCAUCAAAUUUGGGGGGAAGGGUGUGAAGCUUAGACGAGGAUAUGCUCCUUCUCCAUCUCCAAAGCCUACACAGGAUGAAUUGCGGCAGCAAAAAGAGGAGGAGAUGGAUGACUAUUGCUCAGAGGUUCCAGUUCGCCAUUUAGUGUUUAUGGUCCAUGGUAUUGGUCAAAGAUUGGAGAAAUCUAAUUUGGUUGAUGAUGUAACAACUUUUCGCCAUAUCACCUCAAGUCUAGCUGAGAAGCAUCUAACUUCAUAUCAACGGGGCACACAGAGAGUCCUUUUUAUCCCAUGCCAAUGGCGAAAGGGUUUGAAACUCAGCGGAGAAUCUGCAGUGGAGAAAAUUACAUUAGAUGGGGUACGAGGCUUGCGUACAACUCUGAGUGCAACUGUUCAUGAUGUUUUGUACUACAUGAGCCCCAUCUAUUGCCAGGAGAUCAUUGAUUCGGUCUCAAACCAGCUCAAUCGUUUAUAUGUUAAGUUUCUAAAGAGAAAUCCUGGGUAUGAUGGCAAGGUAUCAUUAUAUGGUCAUUCCUUGGGAAGCGUUCUCUCGUAUGAUAUUCUCUGCCACCAAGAGAAUCUGUCCUCCCCAUUUCCAAUGGAAUUUUUGUACACAAAAGAUGGAAAGGAUGAAUCAUCGGGGGAUGCUUGCAAAUCAUCUUCUGAUUUCAACUCCAAAGAUGAUGGUAUUGUAACCCCACAAGAAACUUUGAAUGAUGACAAGACAGGAGGACAUCUUGAUCCACCCAGGCUUGGAGACUUGGAGACUGAAAAUUCUCCUCUAGUUAAGGAUCUUUGUCCAGCUCCCUGUUUUAAUAUAGAUGAAAGCUCCAUAGCGGAAGAUGUGCGUGGAAUGCAAGAUGGCACUGAAUCUUUUGCAGCCAAUGUUCAAGAUCAAGAUUGCAGUCCUAGUGAUGUGUGUCCUGUAGGAAUAUUAACCUUGGGUAAAGCCACUGAUAUCAAUUGUUGUGACAGCAAUGAACAUUCGGAGGCAAAAACCCAUAUGGGUGUUGUGGGUUCUGAUGUAAAAGAAAAUUUAACCGAAUCUCUGAAUACAUCUGAUUCGUGUGAUAAAGAUGAGGAUAUUCAAGCUCUUAAGUCAGAGCUUGAUGCUUUAAAAGCAAGACUAGCCUAUUUAGAAACACAACUGUAUCAGAAUGAUGCUAGUGGCAGGUCUUCUGAAGGGUGUCAUGAGCCACCUAGCAUAUCAGAUCAAGAUGCAUCUAGAAAGACAAUAAUUAUGCAAGAUGAUCGAUCAAGGGGCUAUAAACCUUACAUCAAGUACACCAAGCUUGAGUUUAAGGUAGAUACAUUCUUUGCAGUAGGAUCCCCUCUUGGUGUCUUUCUUUCCAUUCGAAAUGUUCGCAUUGGGAUUGGUGAAGGACAAGAGUACUGGGGAGAGGAGAAUAUAUGUGAAGAGAUGCCUGCUUGUCUACAAAUGUUCAACAUCUUUCACCCUUUUGAUCCUGUGGCAUAUAGAAUAGAACCACUUGUGUGUAGAGAAUAUGUUGAAAGACGCCCUGUCAUCGUUCCUUAUCACAGAGGAGGAAAACGAUUGCAUAUUGGACUUCAGGAAUUUGCUGAAGAUGUUGCAGCACGAUCUCAGUCAGUAGUGAAGAAUCUAAAUGUUGUCAAGGUUCAAGUGCUCACUUUAUGUCAAUCAAGAAGGAAAGAUGACCUAGAAGUAGGAGACGAUGAUGUCACUGAAGAAGAGAAAUCUUACGGCUCUUAUAUGAUGGAAAGAUUAACUGGAAGCGAAGAUGGACGAAUUGAUCAUGUUCUUCAGGAUAAAACUUUCCAGCAUUCAUAUAUAUCAGCUAUCGGAGCACACACAAACUAUUGGCGUGAUUAUGACACCGCUCUUUUUAUACUAAAACACUUGUACCGGGACAUUCCUGAAGAUCCCGCUCAAUUAAACUCGCAGAGAUGCUACACGAAAGAUAAGACGGAAACCGUAACUUUUGUCGAUGAAGAAUUGCCAUUGACGUUCUCUAGCAACAAUAUAAGCAAAAGACCACCCAAGAGAACAUAGAAAGUUGUCCGGUCAUCUUGGUAACAGUUAGCAGUAUGAACUUCUAAUCAGUAGUAUAAUCACGCAUUUUACUAAAUGUUUAGGAUUCGAUACAAGAAGAUCCUUCGGGUCGAAAGUAUGCUCAUGUAUCCUUGUACAUGUAAGUUAUAGGCUAUUUCAAUGGAUUCCUUCGACUAUAUUCACAUCUUGUAAAUUUUUCUAUGUACAGCUUUAAAAACUUCUUUUGUAAGCAUUUUUGUACUGGUUAAUUAUUUGAAUGGUAUAUAUAAUUUCUUAACAGUGGCUAA